AUGUCUUACAACUGUAUCUUAGCCUCCACCCCUACCGCCGGGGUCAGACAAAUCACCUUGAACAGACCAAAGGCGCUCAAUGCGUUAAACGCCGAGCUCAUGAAGGAAUUGAUGGUUGAGUUGCGCGCCGCAGAUGCCGAUUCCACCAUUGGUGCCAUUGUCAUCACCGGCAGCGAACGUGCCUUUGCCGCUGGUGCGGACAUCAAGGAAAUGUCCAGCUUGCAAUCCGAACAGGCCAUCGACAGCGCUUUCUUGAGAAACUGGGGUGACAUUAUUUACAUCGAUAAGCCAAUCAUUGCGGCUGUGGACGGGUUUGCUCUUGGUGGUGGCUGUGAGUUGGCAAUGAGUUGCGACAUCAUCUAUGCCACCGAACGGGCUCAGUUCGGCCAGCCGGAAAUCCAGUUGGGGGUUAUCCCGGGCGCUGGUGGUACUCAGAGAUUGGUCAAAGCGAUUGGUAAAUCCAAGGCCAUGGAAUUGGUGUUGACCGGUGAGCGCAUUAAGGCUCAACAGGCUUACGACUGGGGCUUGAUCUCCAAGGUGCUCCCUGAUAACAAGGCAUUGUUGGAAGCAGCGCUCAACUUGGCAUCCAGGAUCGGUAACGGCCCUCGCUUGGCCAACAAGAUGGCCAAGGCGUGUGUCAACAAGAGCUACGAGAUGUCCUUGAAGGACGGCUUGGAAUUUGAAAGAAUCACUUUCCAAGCUUUGUUUGGCACUAGGGGUCAAACCGAGGGGAUGACCGCUUUCGUUGAGAAGAGGCCGGCCCAAUGGAAAAUCUAA